AUGAAUUUUUCAAAUGAUGAUCUAUUGAGGGGCUUAUAAUAGGAAGAAUUAAGUCGAGAAAAAGAAAUUGACUAUUAUAAUGAAAGUAAAAAAAGGUUAGAGAAAAUAAAAAUUUUAAUCUAAUUAACUAAAGAUAAUUAAGUCAUAUAUUCAAAAGAUGGGGCGAUUUUGAGAGUGUAUAUAUCAAUAAUUAGUUAAAAAAGCGAAUAAAUUCUUGGUGUCUUCAAUUACCAGGAAACGUUUAAUAAUACAGAUUAAAUAUAUAAACUUUCUUGGUAAGGUUAAUACUGUAGGAAAAAAAAGAAAGUUGGUAAAUGGGUUGCAUAUUGGGACAAAAAAAUCUUAGAAAAUGUUGGUGGAUACUAUAAAGAUGGAUAAAAGUAAGGAUUAUGGAAGGAUCUAUAACUAAAUUAUUGUGAGUAAGUAUUGUUUAAAACUUAAAAUUAGUAAGGUAAAAGUUUUUGAAACUGGAGGAUAUCAUUAUGGCUAGAAAAGGGGUUUUUGGAAUUAUAUUUGGUGUGACGAGAAGAUGUAAUUAAUAUAUUUAAUUUUAGUGAUUGUGAGUUCUACAUCAAAGAGGGUAAAAAAUAUGUAAACUGGUAUGAAUCAGAUGAAGGGUUAUAAAUAUAGAAAUAAAUCAUUUAUGAAGAUGAUUAUAAUAAGAAUGGUAUUUAUGAUCCAUUUAAAUAAAUGUAAAUAUGAUAUAAGUAAAGGAAUAUCAUAACAUGCUUGUUUGAUGUGUGUUUAGUGGUGGAGGGUUCUACAACUAAGAUGGCUUAAAGUAAGGUAAAUGGAUUGACCUGGAUGGUUUUUAAAAAGAUAAACAAUUCACUUAGGAAGGAGAAUAUAAUAUUAAA